ACAUUACCUCUCUUCUCUCCACCAGCUCUCAGACGUCGAUCUCGAGCGGAUCGCCACUUUUGGAUCUGCCACCCAGCCUGCCCAUGGUGCCCGAACCGACUCUGCGUCGCGAUAGACGAGGGAUCACUACAUCGUGAGGCACUGGAAGGCAUGCAGAAGAAGCACGUCGUUGCGAUCGGUGCACAGCGGCGACGCUACGAUGCGCGAGAGACGGCUUUGAAGGACAUUCUACGAGGAGCAGGCGUCUCGCAACUGCGCGUGGAGCGCGCUCUGAUGCACGCCACAGAUCAGUCCGAAAUUCCUACAUUUCAGGCCGACGAGCGCAAAGAGGGCAAUAGCACCGCUGACGCGACGCAGACAAACAAUGGCCAGCGUUCGAGCUUCAAAGAGGAGCUGACCAGCCUUGGAGACGAGGGCUUGCCAGAGUCGCUCAGGGAAGCGAUGCUGGAAAAUCUUGCUGCAGAAGGGGGCGAUGAAUUGUCCAGAGAUCACUUGAAGGUGCAUGAUCAGAGCACUGUACGAGCGCGUCGGUCGCUCCACAGCAGCACUGGCGACACCGCCUCGGCGCUCUCAGCUCGAGACGAUGCCUCGGAUGCGGUAGUGCCACCAGACGCUCGCGCAGACCCAACAGCCUCGAGCCGAGGCGCACGUCAGCAAGGAGAUAUGCGGUCGACUCAGGAGAUCUUCGACAAAGGAUCCGACAAGUCGCCGCGUCGGUCAUCAAGAGCGCCUUCCGUCUCUUCGACAAAGUCCUCGGCUUCAAAGCAAAGUGUCGCCCCUUCGAGCUUUGCGUGGGGUCUGUGGGGAUCCAGCUCGGUUUCGCACACGAAAGCUGCACCUAGCGUGCACGCUGUCAGUCCAGCAGACGUUGAAGCGGACGGCUACUUGUCCGACGGCGCGCAGCCUGCGGGAAGCCGUGGGAUUUUGCAUUCCUCUCCAAAAGGUCCGCAGACAGCACACGCUAGGUCUGCCUCUGUCUCGGCCCCGUCCCUAAGUACUCCAAGCUCCCCGAGAGCACCGAGCAGCUCCAGCACUUCGUCCGACAAGACGGGCACAGGCAGCAACAGAGUGCUGAGCGGCUUGUCUAUGAUGGGCAGCAUCGCGUGGCGCCGUAAGCCGAAGCCGUCCCCUAGGCCCGCCCUUCCAGGAUCUGUCGCUUCUCGAGGAGCGACAAGCUUGACUGAGGGAGAGGAGAUUGCAAACAGAGCCGACGACACCCCAGCGGCUCUCUCGGUCGGCGAAGGCACAGCAGAUGCGGCUUCUGGAUCGUUAGUAGGGUCUUCUACCCUUGCCGUCUCCAAAACCGGGCUCGAUGACGAGGGCGCACAAAUUCGUCCCACCGAAGACGACAGAGUCUCGGUCUCUGACGCUCUGCAAGAAGCUUUGAGUGCGGAUGCUGCGGCACCUAAAGCCAAGAGUGACACCGUGCCCGCCAGUAGAGAUUUAGAGGCCGGUCUCGACAAGAGCAGCCCAGCAGAAGAGAGAGCGUCGGUAUCGAGCGCCGCUAGCGACGCGAGUGGAAGCCUGAAGGCGUCAAGGAAUGUAGAAGCUCGUGCUGCACCCCCUUCUGCCUCCGGGGCUUCUGGCAGCACCAGCGCUGCACGACUAGGUCAGACGCUGGGGCGAAAUGAAAAGCGACGACGCGAUGGGGCUGUGCUUAGAACGCCAUCACAUCCAUCGAACUCCAACUCGGUGCAGCCGAAUGUGACUCGAGUUCCUGGCAUGUUCUCGUUCGGCAGGAGCAGCGUAGAUUCGGGCAAGAGUCCCAUGAAGGACGCAAGAGCUGCGCGUCAAGACAGUCGAGGCGAUGAUGCCACUUCGGAACCGAGUGCAGCAGCACCGGCACCUUCAGUCGAGCUAGAACCCAUCAUCGCCAAUGACAGCAAACCGCCAUCUCUGGCCAUCUUUGCCAAGCGAGGCGGCAAGCUCGUAACUCAGCGCGUUGCGCCAGGUCGGCAAGCCAAGUCUUCGCGCACAAAGGCACUGAGUCGUCUGGAAGAGGAGAGUGGCUCGAGCGAAAGCUCCGGUGAUGAGUUUGAAGUGUAUGGCGGCAAGGGUUUGGUCAUGAUGGCCCCGCCCGAGCCUAUCAAUGCUCGCGAGCAAGAUGCGGCGGAGCUGCUCACUGAUCGCUACGGUUUUGUGUACGACGCAACGUCGGCAGAUGUGCGCCUCUUGCGUCAAGCGAGACGCGCUGCUACCCCUGCGCCAGCUUGUCUCACUGGCAUUCGAGUAGGGGUGCGGGCGAGGGGCGGAUCUGAUAGUCAAAGCGAAGAUGAAAAGGAAGAUGAUGCCGAUCUGUUCACUCCGGAUUCUGAAGAGGAAGCGCAGUCGCCAGACGGGCCGGUCUCUGACGACGCAGCUAUGCGAGCUACAUCGCUGGCGGAGAACGAGGACUUGUUCGAUGGAGCAGAAUCCCACAUUUCCGAGGCAGGAUCCGUCGUCUCCUCUUACUCUCAAAAGGUUGCGGGUAUGCAAGCCGGAGGAAGCAGGAGCGGCAGCAGCCAAAGCCCGACGACGACCCACUCGAUGCUCUCUGUGGCGCGCGCAAAGCCCAUGACGGAGGCGUCCUCUCUCAGCGUCCCUUCGCAAAAUACCGCUGAAUCAGGUCCGACAAGUCCUUCGGCAGAGCUAGAAUUCCAGUUUGCUUCGCAACCCGCAGCGCCCAAUGCGCUCACCAUCGAAACGCCGAAGGCUGCCAAACCGCGCCCGGCUUCGACAUCGCAGACUGUCAAGAGACUUUUGGGUCAGUUGCAGCGAAUGCACGAAGAUCAGCAAGCAGAGCAAAAGACGAAAUGGGACGAGUUUCUGGAACAAAGAAGACAGGCUGUAACGUCCCGAACGGGCACUCGCCCGUCCGCGUCGCAGGCUGCGAACGCCAGCGCGGGAGGCGCAGCUCGUCUAGCCGGCGCUGUACGCAAAAGCGGCGGCCAGAUGUUGGGCUUAAGCGCUUCCGAGAAUGCUACUGGUUUAGCUCAGGUGGACGAUGUGCCCGAGGAAGCUUGGCAGCAGGGAAUGAUCGGCGUGAAUCGUAUGGGCGAUAGCAAGCUGGGCAAGGAUCACUGGCGCGUCUUUCUGCGCCUCUGCCAGGCUGGCAUUCCUUUGUGCUACCGCGCCAAGGUUUGGACGGAGUGCAGCGGAGCCAUUGAGGCUGCUGAGCCUGGAAAGUAUCAGGAGUUGCUGGCUGAGCAUCAAGGGGAUGCCAAUCAGUGCACAGAACAGAUCGAUUUGGACGUGCAUCGCACCAUGCCGACCAACGUCUAUUUUGGAGGAGAUGGUCCAGGCGUUCCAAAGCUUCGCCGAUUGCUGGUAGCUUACUCGUGGUACAAUCCGACGUGCGGAUAUUGCCAAGGUAUGAAUAAUCUGGCAGCGACAUUGCUGUUGACGCAUGCGACGGAGGAAGACGCGUUCUGGGUUCUCGUCAUGAUCAUCGAGCGCAUCUUGCCGAGCGAGUAUUACACUUCUCAUCUCCUCGUCUCCCAAGCGGACCAAAGGGUUCUCAUCGAUCUGGUUGGAGAGCUCCUUCCGGACUUGCGCGCACAUCUGGACGAGCUUGGCGUCGAUUUGCCCGCUGUCACUUUCGCCUGGUUCCUAUCGCUGUACACUGAUUGUCUACCUGUCGAGACACUGUUUCGCGUGUGGGACGUGCUCUUUGUUGAGGGCAUGGUCGUACUCUUCCGCGUGGCUAUAGCCAUUCUCGCUCUGAACGAGAAGGAGCUACUGAGCGCCACGUCUGCAUCUGGUAUUUAUAGUCAUAUGCACAGCAUGACCUCCAAGCUUUUCAACGCCGACAAGCUCAUCAGCCUUGCGUGCGAAGAACUCAAGACGGCCAUUCGGUACGCCGACAUUCUCAUUCUUCGCGAGAAGCACGUCGCAGAUCUGGAGAGCGAGUUGGGACUUGUUUGAACAGCUCUACCUGCUCGCGCACCCUCGCACCAAGUGUUUGCGCACCCAAAUUGUUCACGCCGGCAAGAUCCUUGAGCGGGAAGAAAAUCUUGCCGCAGUGGGAUUCCCACGUUUCUUAGCGAAAGUCAUUGUACACUAGCAAGCACCCUAGCUCUUUCACAAUCCAGAUCUUCGGUCACUCUAGUCGAAUGACUUGAACCGCUCACACGCGCGAG